GACAAUCCAAUAUUCAGUGGAUAAGAUCCUCAGAUCAUAGAGGCGAUGAUAUGUGGCAGGGAUUGGUUAGACUCUCCUAAAGAAAGCUAAAAGGAAGAUGGAGGAGAAAGAGACUCAUGCGGUGAAAAGUUGCAAAAAUUGGAAUUAUGGAAAAACUAGCAGUGGAGAAAAAUCCAAAGCUUCCCACAACAUGGAACCUAAUAAGCGAUCAGGAAACAUAGGUUGCCCUACUGUGAAAUUGGAGGACAGUCCAGCUCCUGCACAUCAUUCGGAGAUAGAACUCUUUUCUUCUAAAUCUGAUAAUGAAGUACCAGGGAACGAAGAUUACAAGAAGGCGACAACAACAUGGACAGAAAAGGAUGUUCGGGCAUAUUUGGUGCCUCCUUUUACGGAUGAAGAAUUAGAACUUUUGAACAAAGGGUAAAAUCAGGCAAUAAGCGGGUACGUAUGAUACAUCACCUCAGUCUCAGUCAUGAUCAUUUGGCCU